UCCCGCCUUUGUUUCCCGGCUGCUGCUUGCAUGGCUGGAAGGGAAUCGGGCAGCCAGGAAGCCCCCUUGAUGCCUCCUCCACCCUCUCCUCCAUCCGAUGAAGUGAAAAGAGCCGCCAUGAAGCCAGCUCAGGGUGGGGUGUCCUUUGAAGAGGUGGCUGUGUAUUUCUCCAAGGGGGAGUGGAGCCUGCUGAGCCCAGCUGAGAGAUCCCUGUACAAGGAAGUCAUGCUGGAGAAUUUUGGGAACGUGGCCUCUCUGGGACCUCUGAUUGCCAAACCGGACCUCGUAUCCAGGCUGGAAGAAGAGGAGGAGCUGCCUAUCUCUGAUGAAGAAGAGGGUCUGGCUGGUAGCAGCCUAGAUGCUGUGUGGGAGGUGGCAACUGAAUAUCCAGUGACGGAGAGAGAAUACAUGUAUUCAGAUGUGGACGAGAACAUUGAAUAUUGCGAUGCAGUGAGCGUGGUGGAAGGAACAAACCCACUUAAUGAGAGGGAAAACUGUGAUGUUUUCCAAGAUGACAAUUCUGAAGAAAUCGCACCCCUUCAGAAAAUAUCCAAAGGAGACACUAGAGAUGAAUGCCAAGGAAGCGUGGAAGGAUUUUCUGAAAUACCAGAGACAAGUAUGCAUUUGAACACCAAUAAUACAAGGAGAACUAUUAAAUGCCUGGAUUGUGUAAAAACCUUUGGAUGGAAACAUGCUCUAACUUUCCAUCAAAAAAAUCAUGCAGGAAAUAAAAAACAUAAAUGUCUGGAGUGUGGGAAAAGCUUCAGACAGAAGGGUCACCUUACUGACCACCGAAGAAUUCACACAGGGGAGAAACCUUAUAAAUGCCUGGAUUGUGGAAAAUGCUUCACUUGUAGUGGAAACCUUACUGCCCACCGAAGAAUUCACACAGGAGAAAAACCAUAUAAAUGUCCGGAGUGUGGGAAAUGCUUCAGUGAGAGUGGAAGCCUUACUGCCCACCAAAGAAUUCACACAGGAGAGAAACCAUAUAAAUGUUUGGAGUGUGGAAAAUGUUUCAAUGAGAGUGGAAGGCUUACUGCCCACCAAAGAAUUCACACAGGAGAGAAACCAUAUAUAUGCCUGGAGUGUGGAAAAUGCUUCAGUGAGAGUGGAAGCCUUACAGCCCACCGAAGAAUUCACACAGGCGAGAAACCAUAUAAAUGCCUGGAGUGUAGAAAAAGCUUCAGACGGAGUGGACAGCUUAAUGCCCACCGAAAAAUUCACACAGAGGAGAAACCAUAUAAAUGCCUGUUGUGUGGGAAAAGUUUCAGACGGAGGGGGCACCUUACUUACCACCAAAGAAUUCACACAGGGGAGAAACCUUAUAAAUGCUUGGAGUGUGGAAAAACCUUUAGAUGCAAAAAUACUAUAACUUCCCAUCAAAAAAAUCAUGCAGGGCAUAAAAAAUAUGAAUGCCCGGAGUGUGGGAAAAGCUUCUGUCUGAGUGGAGAACUUAUUAUCCACCGAAGAAUUCACACAGGGGAGAAACCAUACAAAUGCCUGGUGUGUCAAAAAAGCUUCAGUAAGAGUGGAAGCCUUACUGCCCACCAAAGAAUUCACACAGGGGAGAAACCAUAUGAAUGCCUGGAGUGUGGGAAAACCUUCAGAAUGAGUGGAAACCUUACUCACCACCAAGUAAUUCACACAGAGGAGAAACCUUAUAAAUGCCUGGAGUGUGGAAAAAGCUUCAGUGAGAGUAGAAGACUUACUGCCCACCGAAGCAUUCACACAGGGGAGAAACCAUAUACAUGCCUAGAAUGUGGAAAAAGCUUCAAACGGAGUGCACAUCUUACUUCCCACCAAAGAAUUCACACUGGGGAGAAACCUUAUAAAUGCUUGGAGUGUGGAAAAAGCUUCAGGGAUAAUAGACACCUUACUGUCCACCAAAGAAUUCACACAGGGGAGAAACCCUAUAAAUGCCUGGAGUGUGGAAAAAGCUUCAGUCAGAGUGGAAACCUUACUCACCACCAAAUAAUUCACACGGAGGAGAAACCUUAUAAAUGCCUGGAAUGUGGAAAAGCCUUUGGACGAAAAGAUACCCUAACAUCCCAUCAAAGAAUUCACAUGGGGAAGCAAAUCAGAUAAGGGCCUGGAAUUCAGAAAAGGCUUCAGUGACCUUGGAAGCUUUAUUUUCCACCCAAAAAAUCAUGCAGGGGAUAAAAAACAUGAAUUCCUGGAGUGUGGGAAAAGCUUCUGAGUGGAUAACGUACUGUCCACAGAAGAAUUCACACAGGGGAGAAACCAUACAAAUGCCUGGAGUGUCAAAAAAGCUUCAGUAAGAGUGAGAGGAGUUAGCCGUGUUAGUCUGUAGCAGCAAAAUCAAAAAGAGCAUUCAUCUGACGAAGAGAACUCUGAUUCUGGAAAGCUUAUGUUACAAUAAAAUUGGUUAGUCUUAAAGGUGCUACUGGUCUCUUUUUGAUUUCAGUAAGAGUGGAAGCCUUUCUUCCCAUCAAAGAAUUCUCACAGGGGAGAAACCAUAUAAAUGCCUGGCGUGUGGGAGAAACUUUAAAUGCAGUUCAGCCCUUACUUCCCAUCAAUCAAAUCACGCAGGGGACCCUGAAAUAUUUUGAAGUAUCAUCCGGCACCUAGAAUGGAACCUGAAAACUGAACAGUGUCUGUAGCAUGUAUUCUUUGCCUAAAUUUUAAUAGUAAGCAUAUUCUGGCAUUCUAUAGUGCUGGAGUUUCUGUCUUCAAGGCCAGAUCCGUGAUGAAUGUGUUAUAGUCGUCUGGCCACUUGAUUGCUCUGGCUAGAUCCACGUGGCCUGAUCGGCAGGUCAAGGUAAAGAGCCUUCCCACAUGCAUAGAAGCAGAGAGAGAUAUAAGCUGAGUCAGCUGUUGUGCAUGUUGCUGCUCUGAGCCUGGAAAAGCUGUAAAAGAACUGGUUAAUUCAAACCUGAGAAUAUCAAAUACAGCUGAUCAAAGAAAUUUGUCAUGUUUUAGCAGUUAGGAAAGGUUGCUCUCCUAGCGUGUUAGCAGCUUAUGCAACAUUUUCCAGUGGGGAGGGGGAGAUUAGAUCACUCAGCUUGCCCAAACGCUUCCCACCCACCCCUCCAAAGACAGAUUGCUAGGUAAGAGCUGAUGCAGCUGGAAUGUGACUUGCAUCCAUCCCGAACUCUGCUCAAGUGAGCAAAGGUGUUUUAGCUCAUGUUGUGUGAGGAGGCCCUGUGGAUUUGUGGGAACUGGAGGGGCAGGAGGAUGCAGCUGGAUUAGGGUGGCAUCAAUGCCGGUCUCUUUCUUGGUUGUUUCAGACGAUGUUGCUGGGCGGUUUGAUGAUAGUUCUAGAAUCUGCAAAUCCCCGCAGCUUCGCAGCAGACUCCAGCACCUGGAUCCAUGGCAUGGGAACAUGGAGACUUGACUACUGUAAUGCAUUCUCCAUAGUCUCCCCUUGGAGACUCCAAUCGGUGCUGAACCCCACAGACCUCUAGGCAGAGCAUGCAUAUUACUCCUACUUUGCAAUCACUUGGUUGGCUACUCAUCAGUUAUUGGGCUCAAUUCAAGGUUUUGGCAAUCUCAUACAAAGCCCUUCCUAUCUGUGGGACAGCCUCGCCCCCUCUGCUCCACCAUAGCAGCUUCACUCAUCUGAACAGGGCCUUCUGCAGGUGCCACCCUUCAAAGGGGCAAAAUAAACAGCUUCCACUUUACGUGCAUCCUCUGUCUCAGCCCCCACCUGAUGGAAGGGCCUGCCUGAAGAAGUCAGCAAAGCUCUCACUCUUAUGGUUUUCAAGUACCUGUGCAACACUGAAC